UAGUUAUAUCUAAUUUUUAUUUUAUUUUAUUUUUUGGAUUGAUUUAUUCAGCAUACUAUGGGAAAGCGCAGAAAGUUGAAUAUCAUUCAAAAUGAUGGUCAAUCACAAGCAAAAGAACAAUCAAUUGAAAGCUCUACUGAAGUGAACCAAAAUAACAACUCUAUACUUGAAGAAAAUGCACAAUUUGAAGGAGAACAACACAUACAAGAAGAUAGUCAUGUUCAGUCUCAUACUUCUCUUGAAAGUGCAAGUGAAAGUUCAACUAAAGAUAAAAAGAGAACCAGAGGUUAUACACAUAUGCUAGAUGUGUGGGACUUGCCAGAUGGAGAAUUCAUACUUGUUGAAGUAGAUCAUUGGGGCAAUCCUAUGGGUUGGGAAGGGAAAACUCUACUGAAUGCAAUUGGGAGCUUGGUAAGGAGACACCAAUGUGCUCCUAUCAAUUUUCUUAGCUGGAAAGAUAUGCCUAAGGACUAUAUUACUGACAUGGUUGAAUUAAUUCAGAGUAAGUUUCGAUUUGUUCCUGAAUUAACUGAACAAACAAAGAAAAUAUUGAUUGAUGACAUGAGUCUGAAAUGGAGGCAAUUUAAAUAUGAACUGAAAUCAAAAGGAUAUGAUGAGAGCAAAACUAAGGAGGAAAUGAUUGCUCACAUCCCAGAUCCAAGGGUUGAUCCUUCUCAAUAUCGUGAUUUAGUACAUUAUUGGUGUUCUGAGAAAGGACAGAAAAUAAGCAACAUCAACAAAAGGAGCCGCUCAAAAUAUGAGGACUUGCAUUGCAUGGGAACUAAUAAUCUUCCAAGACGGAUUCAUGAGAUGACUACAAAGGCUAAGGGAGUGCAACCUUCUAGGGCAAAAAUUUAUAUUGACACUCGAACUCGAAAAGAUGGAAGCAUUGUUACUGAAAAGGCUGCUAUUAUAAUUGAUAUUGAUGUAUGA